GGGACGCCUUGACCCCGUUGCGAGUUGAGAGCCACGUGGGCUGGCCUCGUCUUGUUCCUCUGUUCGUCUCUCCCCUCCCCCCUGCAGCCGCCGCCCGGCCCGCCGAUUAGCCUGCGACGGCGCUGUGCUGCGCGGAGGCGACGGGACAAGGCGCGCCGUCGACCGCGUCCGAGCCGCCUCCCCUUCUUCCUCUGCCCCGCCGCCAAGGAAGGGAGGGUUCACAGUCGUCGUCCGCUCGCUCGAUCGAUCCUCGCCUGUACCGAUCCAACGCGCGUGGAGAGAGAAUUGGCCAGGGUUUCCUCGGCGGGCACGCAGUGGGAGGACUUCGGAUCUACCAGCACCCAGUAACGGAGGAGUCCUCCUGCUCUCCCUCUUCCCCGCGGCUGCCGGCGACGGGCGCUUCCGACUGUCACGAAUCGAGUGCCCGCCACCUGUUCGACGGAAUGCUCGAGAUGGCUGCUGCGAGUGACAGAGACCCUUUUGGAGACCUCCCUGACGAGCUCCUAUCGCGCGUGCUGUCCUUCCUUCCGGCAGAGGAUGCCCUACAGACCUGCGUGCUGGAAACCCGGUGGCGCGACCUCUGGAGGCGCUUGACCAGCUUGCGGUUCGUCUUUGAUGGGCCAACGUUUCCGCGAUACAACCGUUUCAAACGGUUGGUGAAGCUGCUUAUCUGUCUCCGCGGGAACUCGCCUCUCAUCAGGUGUGAGAUCGACGCCUAUCCUGACGAUGAGCCGGAGAACAUGUUCACAAACACCAGGCUGUUGAUUGACUAUGCUCUGGCGUGCGAAGCUGAGGAACUCAUAGUAAGAGCAGCUGACAUACAGUACGACCUACCAGUGUUCGAUGUGCCUCUGAGUCUCAUCUCCCAACACUUGAAGACCCUGCACCUUGAAGGGGUCAACCUCGACCACUCUGCUUUGAAGUUCUCAGGCUGCCUGGUGUUAGAGGAUCUAAGGAUUCAACUUUGCAACAUUCGUGCAUGUGAGAUAUCAUCCAUGUCACUAAAGUGCCUGUGCAUCACCAACUACUGUUCUCUACCUGACAUUGUGCGCCUUCGGAUUUGUGGCCCGAGUCUUAUCUCACUGCAGUUAGAGGAUUUUGAAGGCCUGACACCUUUCCUUGAAAACAUGCCAUUGCUAGAAACAGCCCAUGUUAACCUUGAAGAUGGAUGCCAUGAUCACUGUCGCAGUAAUCAGGGGGUUUGUGAUAAUAUUGUCUGUGGUUGUCAUGCUUAUCCUGUCAAGGAGGGGGUGCUUCUCAAUGGUUUGUCCAAUGCUGCCAAGUUGGACUUGAUAGCUUUACCUAAAAUGUUUCUGUACAGAUGGGAUUUGAAAUGGUGCCCCGUCUUUGGCAAAUUAAAGACUUUGUUACUCAAUGAGUGGUUUACGACUGUUGACCUUGUUUGCAUUCUCCGACACUCUCCAGUUCUGGAGAUACUCACUCUUCAGCUUGAUAACACCGAGAAAAUUGUAGGAGCAACAGGAGCCCAAGAAACAAAAACGCAAUCAUUUGUGUGUGCAUGCCUUAAGUCCGUUUACGUUGAAUGUGAAGAGGUUGAUGAGGGAGUUCUUGCAAUCCUGAAUAUCUUAAGUACAUGUGGCAUACUUCGUGAGCAGAUUAGCAUCAAGGAGGAUCCACAUACGGGCUCAGAUUGUGAUGGACAGUGUUGUGUCACAUUGCCAACUCUGUCAAAGGGCAUGAUUGAUUCUUUGUGCAAAGGAGGGACUAUGCCGGGAGAUAUUGGACACAACACUCUUGAUGCCGAUUCAGAAUGGCUCCGAACUUGUUCCUCCACAUUGCCAACUCCGUCAAAGGGCAUGAUCGAUUCAUCAUGCAGAGGAGGAAUUGUGACAGAGAUCUUGGACACAACAGUCCAAAAGAUUCAUCCGCUGAUAGUGACUCCACUGAUAGCUACUAAGAUGUGUGGUCGGUCGCAUUGUUCAUCUGAAGACUUCUGUUUCUCUAAAGAAUCUGCAAUGGUGGCCAUGUGUUGGCUGUUAGCCUGUAACCGUGAAGUUCUUCUGUUUCUGCUUCUCAUCUUUGGUCUCUGCCGGAAUUCUGUCUUUAUGGUUUGUUUGGUGCAACUGCAAGACGUUCCACUUUGUCAGGAAUCUGCCUGGAAUCUAAAUGAUGGUUAACGCGUUGCUAUGUUUCUAUAAUCUGCUGGGAAUCUGAAUGACGGUUACAUACAUAUUUUGUACUCCUGGCAGAUUCUUUUUCCCUGUGCGUCAUCAAUAUACACCGGAAUUGCAGAUGCAUCUCUUAUGUCCCUGUGCGUCAUCAGUGUACACCGGAAUUGCAUCAGAAAUCCUGGGUGUCCAUGUGCGCUAAUCCUGGGUAAGGUAGCGAUGUAAGUUUCCGCUUGAUAUGUUGAAGAUUGUGGGAACAGCAGUGUCAUUUUGAUCUGAAGAAAUAGUCAUGUUGCUGCUUGAGUGUCACCUCAGAAAAAGUCAGAUGUUAAUUACAUGUUCAUUCCGUUU